UCUGCGAAGCAGCAUCAGUUGUUUAUUAAAACUCGAUCUGGAAUUUCUCCUACGCAUGUAUUUGAUGUACUUCGAUACACUUGCCAUUGUGCGUGAAAUAUGGAUCAGUACUGGGUUGUGUAAAAAAAAGAGACCCAACUAGAAGAACAAAAAACUAAGGACGAUAAGAGGCUAUUAACCAAAUAGCCGACAAUAAAACAGCUUGUGCUUAUUUUGUAUGCCCCAAUAAAAUAAACAUCAAUGGAUACAGGACUUGAAACUGGAAACGAGUCAAAUAAUACCACCAUUGUUGUACCUGGCCAAUUCAUUUCUUGUGCCAUGUCCAGUAUGGAAUCUGUAAGAGAGCCAAAAUUGGAACUUCUUUUUAAGAAUAUGCCAAAAACAAGUGAUGCACUCACUGUCGGAGGCUCCAAAGAUGAAUUUGCAAUGGAUUAUCCUUUUGUAUAUCAACCAGCAAGUGAGAAUCUCAGUCUCGACAAAAUUCCUUCGACAGAUUGUAAGGAGAUUUGUGUGUUCAAAAAACCUUCUCAUUCCAUGGCAGAUCAUUCAUUGAUGGAUAUAAGGUCCUUUAUUAAGUUCAAUGAGGCCACUCAAAUUGCUCAUACCCUUCCACGCGAAGAAAUACAUGAUUUUUCUCCUAAAAUUCGUAGGAGACUUUGUGGAAAUGAUAAAGUGAAUUCCUGGAGCCAUGAUAAAAACAGGCGUUUGAAAAAAAUGCGUAUUGCUGUUACUACAAACAAUACUCAAUUGCUGAAGGACAUAUUAAGUACUGGAGUCUCGCCCAACUUCACUGAUGAAUCACAGCGAACGCCAUUGCAUUUGGCAGCAAGCAGGGGAUACACGGAAAUAGUAAAAAUUUUGCUCGCACAUGGAGCGAAUCCAAACAUGAAAGACACAAUUGGUAACACGCCUUUGCACUUGGCUGCGGUGACGAGUAAAACCGAGAUUGUGGAUUUAUUGCUGAAAGCUGGCACAAACGUAAAGUCGACCGACCAUUUCGGCAAUAAUCCAUUGGACCUGGCAAAAACAAAGGCGCGUGUGCUUAAAAAUUGCAAAGUUGGCGAUAUCGGCAACAUCAAAGUAGAGGUGGAAAAUGUCAUUAGUUUACUGAAGCUCCAUCUACAGAGAUCAAAUAAAGUGGAUGCUGAAAACAUGACGGCAGUCGAAGAAGCGUUGAACAAAAUCUGCUCACGGCUGUCGUUGUCCAACUCUACCGAUCAGAUUCAAGAUAGUCUGAAAAAUUUGUUGAGUAAUUUGGAGUCGCUUAGUUUGGUUUGAACGAGUCUCCUCACCGUUAUCCAGAUUUCCUCUCUUGUGCAAGAUUGCCAGCAAUUAUUUUAAAUUAUCGAAUUGAAAAAAACGCUCGGCUCUUUGAAUUGCGAAAAAGUACUAGAUACUGAAAAAGUGAUGUAAUACUUGUAUGGAGCUGGCGAAUUGGCGCAAGCUCAGUGCAGUAGUAAUAUCCGUACUACGCUUUCGUUGCCAACUCGCCAGCCCCAUCGAAAAAAGAUAUCCACUUUUGUUUUGUUUUAUUAAAUAUCAUAUAAAGACGAUAUAAAACUUUUUUUUGUUUGUUUAACGUAAA